CCCAGCUUGAGCCAUAUCGUGCUAUGAAAUGAGGCAUAGAUCAUGCGGAUCUUGACAUGGAACGUCAACCUCUUGGGAUCAUGCCUCAACUAUCACCCGUUCUCCCAAAUGGAGAAACGGAAUGUGGAGGGUCUGUUGGAUGAGCUUCACGCAGACAUAUUAUGUUUUCAAGAACACAAGACUCGCCGUGAUAAGCUAGAGAAGGACAUGGCAUGCCCAGGACCUUACGAUGCAUUCUGGACGUUCAAUCGAAAGAAUACGGGAUACUCUGGAGUCUGUACCUAUGUUGAUUCGAGGGUCUGUGUGCCUCUCAAAGCCGAGGAAGGGAUCACUGGUCUCCUGUUAGACGACAAGGGCGGUACGAUGAAAUCUCCUUGGACGCCAGAGGAGCGAAUAGGCGAUUACGGAGAGAUUGACGAGCUGGACUUUGAUGAUGAAGUGGAUGGUACGGCAUUUGAUCCGAAGCGCCUCGACGUAGAAGGCAGAGCUGUAGUCUGUGACUUUGGCCUGUUUGUCCUGUUCAACCUGUAUUGUCCGAAUGAGACGAAUGACGCGAGGAGGCCAUUCAAGAUGAAUUUUCUCAAAGUUUUACAACAUCGGGUCCGGACCCUACAGAAAUCUGGUCGCGAAGUGAUUAUCGCUGGAGACAUCAAUAUCAUGCGAGCGCCCAUCGAUUCGGGCGAAGGAGGUAUUAAAACAUCCGCCGAACAGCAUUAUGAACACCCUGCGAGGGUCAUCCUGAAUGACUGGUGUGCCCCAAAGGGGCCGAUGGUCGACGUCGUCAGAGAAAGUUGGCCAGAUAGAGAAGACAUGUUUACCUGUUGGAAUACAAAGCUCGAUGCUAGGUCGGCAAAUUACGGAUCUAGGAUUGAUCUCAUUCUCUGUACGCCUGGCCUCCGACCAUGGAUCAAAGGCGGCGAUAUACAGGCGAAAGUGUACGGAUCAGAUCAUUGUCCGGUGUAUAUCGAUUUGCAUGAUUCCAUCACGAUGGAGGAUGGCACCAUCCAAUACCUCAGAGACAUGCUCAAUCCUCCUGAUCGACCACCGACAACAGCAGUAUGCUACCCUACUGAUCCACCUCGAAUCGCCCCUGAACCUCCUAGAUUCGCUACGAAAUUCUACGACAACUUUUCAGGUCGUCAAAAGACGCUGAAGAGUUUCUUCAGUGGUGCGGUAAAGCGCCCCUCUGAACCGAAGGACGAUCUGUCUGCUGCAGACAAGGACAACGGACCGCCAUCCCCGGUCAAGUCGGACGUUGUCACCUCCUCUCCAGGCACUGUCUCUGCCCCAGUCGCCGCUCCGGCUCCGGAUCCGAUCACAACUCCCUUCGGUAUCGCUCGUGUGGCAUUCAACGUCAUCGACAGCCGGGCCGGACCUUCGCGGCCGAAACCAGUCGAUCUGACUGAGGAAACGAACAAUAACUCUGUAUUACCACCAAAGAAACGUACAAAGUCUGGCGGACAAGCCAAGCUGUCCUCUUUCUUUAAUCCCCCGCCAUCAGCCAAGAGGAAAUCCAGCAAUGAUGUCCCAACCCUCGCAAAUGGUGCAGACAAACGAUUUGAAACUCCUUCCCCGUCACUGCCACAAACGCAACAAUCAAAUUCCGCACGCACCGCCAGCUUCGAUCCUGAUGAAGACGCUCUGAUAGCUCAAGCAAUCGCAGAGGCUGACGAAGAGAAGGCUUCUCAGCGAGCUGAGAAGAAUGCUCAAGCUGCUCCGAUCUGGGCCAAUGUAUUUGCGAAGAAGUUGCCUCCCUUGUGCUCUGUUCAUCAGAGACCAUGUAAGGAUUACAUCGUCAAGAUUCCGGGCCCAAAUAAGGGCAAAAGAUUUUGGCUGUGUUCACUGCCGGUCGGUGCUGGCUAUGACACUGGACGAUCGAAACGACCUCGUCAGGAUGUCAAUCCCGAAUAUCGAUGUGAUUUCUUUCUCUGGGACAAGGCAAACUCUCGAAAAGAGGCACCAACUGUAUCAAAGAGUUCAUGAUCGGACCUUCAAAUGUUGUAUCAUACCCAU